AUGUCAUCUACCGCAACUGCCACCACUCUCGCGGCGGGGGACGCAGUCGCUACCGAAACGGUGGAAAAGCCUCCCCGGAGAUUCCCGCCGCCGUGCUGGACCCAAGAGGAGACGCUGGCUUUGAUUGACGCCUAUCGCGAAAGGUGGUACGCUCUCAGGAGAGGGUACCUGCGCACGGCGGAUUGGGAUGCGGUAGCGGCAAUCAUCAAUAGCCGCUUCUCCGACGCCCCCAUUCCCAAGACCUCAGCGCAGUGCCGCCACAAGAUGGAGAAGCUCCGCCAGCGCUACCGUGCUGAGAAGCAGCGAUCUCUCUCAUAUCCCUACCCUGCCGGUCGCUUCAUAUCCUCCUGGUUUUUCUUCGACUAUAUGGACGCCAUGGAGAACGGAACAGACCCUCCUUCAUCUGAUACUGGAUCCGGUGAAAAACCCGAUAACACUGCCCUAUUGAAAUCAUUUCUCGAUCAGAGUAUACUGAAAUUGAAGCUCAAAUCAAAGAAUAAUGUCAAUUCUAGCCCCAUGUUGGAAGCAAAAAAUUCCGAGUAUACUUCUUACUUGGACAUGGGAGACAAUAAAGAGGAGCAGGAUCUGGAACAAGACGAGGAUCAUGCCGGUUUCGGAACUAAAUUUCGUUCUGAAAAGACUAUGGGAGGAUUUUCCAUGCCUCAUCUGAAGUUAAAGGCAAAGAAUUCUAACAAAAAUUUCGGUGAAUCCAACGCUAAUUUCAAUAUCAGCGGUGGGUUUCAUAUGAAAUCCUCUGGAAGUCUAGAUAUGAUCCCCCCAGGAUUAAGAAUCAAGAAGCUGGGAAAACCCGACAGAAGAAUGAACCCUGAAUUCCACUAUGGCGACGAAGAAUAUUGGGGUUUGAGAGGGAGUUUGAAUCCAGGAAAAUCCAUGAAUGGGAAUGGGAUUGGGAUGAAGAGGGUGAGGAAUCCAGUGGAGGAAAUGGUCGAUUCAAUUAAGUUAUUGGGAGAAGGAUUGGUGAAGAUGGAGAAAGCCAAGAUGGAAAUGGCUAGAGAAAUGGAAACAGCAAGAAUGGAAAUGGAAUUGAAGCGUAAUGAGAUGAUACUUGAAUCACAGAGACAGAUUGUGGAUGCUUUUGUCAAGGGACUAUUCGAGCUCAAGAAGAACAAGAAGUCGAAAAUCGCUGUUCCAUCAGAUUCGUAA